AUGGCUUCUAUGACAAUGACAGCCUCAUUCUUGGGUGGCUCCGCAGCUGCCACCAUUUCCAAACAUCCUCCCACCACCGAGCGCCGUGGAGGGGUUUUCAUGGUUAAGGCCUCCAAGGAUGAAAAGGUGGUGAUGAGCACCAAGGAAGAGGGAAGUAGCACUAGAAGGGACUUGAUGUUUGCUGCCGCAGCUGCAGCAGCAUUUUCGGUCGCAAAUUUUGCUAUGGCUGAUGAGCCAAAACGAGGAAGUGCAGAAGCUAAAAAGAAGUAUGCACCUAUUUGUGUUACCAUGCCUACUGCCCGCAUUUGUCGCAAUUGA